AUGAAGAAGGGUGGAUGUGAGGCAAGGAACCCAGUUAUUGCAAUGGUAGCCAUUGAUUUUGGUCUGGCACUGGUGAAUGUACUUCUGAAGAAAGUCCUUGAUGAAGGAAUGAACCAUUUGGUCCUCAUCACUUACCGCCUCACCAUUUCUUCCAUUCUCCUUGCUCCAAUUGGCUACUUUUGGGAAAGGAAUAGCAGGCCAAAGCUCACACUUCGAAUUUUAUGUUUCUUGUUCUUCAGUGCAAUUAUCGGGGCAUCCCUGACGCAGUACUUCUUCCUGAUUGGAAUACAAUACACAUCUGCUACGUUCUCAUGUGCGUUCAUCAACAUGGUACCUGUGUUUACAUUUUUAAUGGCAUUACCCUUCAGGUUAGAGAGGGUGGACAUGAGAGGGAAGAGUGGGAGAGCAAAAGUGGUAGGCACUGUGGUGUGUGUAGGGGGUGCCAUGCUAUUGACUCUUUACAAAGGAAUGCCUUUGGUUAAGGGUAACAGUACCAAUUCAGCAAUACUACACCACGAAAAGCAGAGUCUUAAAAACAACAACAAAAGCGAGAGAUGGAUGAUUGGAACGGUAGCUUUGAUCGCGGGAACCCUCUUGUGGUCUUCUUGGUUUCUUGUUCAAUCAAACAUUGGCCAUACAUUCCCUUGCCAAUAUUCCAGCACUGCGUUCAUGUCCUUUUUUGGUGCCCUUCAGUCUGCUGUCUUAACUUUCUCCAUCCAUGGCUCAAACCUUUCCUUGUGGGCUCUUAAGAGCAAAUUACAAAUCGUCACUGUCUUGUAUGCAGGGUCAAUUGGAUCAGGGUUGUGCUACGUCGGAAUAUCGUGGUGCGUCAAGAAAAGGGGUCCUGUCUUUACUGCAGCAUUUAGUCCGCUGGUUCAAAUAAUGGCAGCCAUGUUCGACAUCCCCUUCUUGCAUGAGCAGCUCAAUCUUGGCAGCUUGUUGGGAUCUCUCAUUGUGAUUGUCGGUUUGUCCAUUCUUUUGUGGGGAAAGUACAAAGAGGCACAAAAUAAUUGUACAGGGGCCAAAGGCGCCCAAGGGACAGAUCAAGAAGCGGCCAAGCUGGACCAAGAUCCACAGUUACAACUUAUUUGA